UAUUUGGGCAGUUGGUGGGCUUUGUUUCUGAAGCUUUAAUGGGCUCAACUAACUAGCCUUGUUCAUGGAUGGCUCAUGGCUGUCGAGCUUUGUUUGCAACCUUAAAAGAGCUGAGCACCAUCAUGUGCUAGUUUGGCUUUUUAACAAGUGUGAGAUUGACCCAAAUGUUGUUAUUGAGGUUAAUGAAUGAGUGGCGUGCAGGCCAUUUGUCCUAUUUGAUUGUCAACUCAUGCUCUAAUAUGUGUCUACUGCUUGUAAUUAUCUGCUUUUAAGUGGACAAUGAGGGUUAUUGUUCAUGUUUUGCAUCUCUGCCCUUGAAAAGAAACGUAGAUUGCAAGGUUAUCUGCAUCUCUUAUUUCAUUUUCCACAAGAGUUUCAUUAAUGUUGCCUUUUCAUUGAUUUAAAGGACCGGGCCAAUGAGAUAUAUAAGAAGGUAGAAGAUCAAAAAUCUAGUAGAGGAAGAAAUCAGGAUGCUUUGUUAGCUGCUUGCCUUUACAUUGCGUGUAGGCAAGAGGACAAACCACGCACUGUUAAGGAAAUAUGCUCUGUUGCCAAUGGAGCCACAAAGAAAGAAAUUGGCCGAGCAAAAGAAUAUAUUGUUAAACAAUUGGGAUUAGAGACUGGUCAGUCUGUGGAGAUGGGUACGAUACAUGCUGGUGACUUCAUGGUGAGCUUCAUUUUCUUUUAUGUUAACUUUUUUUGCCAAUGAUUUCAAGUUGCUGCUGUCUUAGUUCUUGUUUUAUACGUGAAAAGUUUAAUAUCUGUUAUCUUGUGUGGUAUCUAUCGUCUGUAAUUGGUGGUGUUUACUUCUUAAUCAUUAGAGACGCUUUUGUUCCAAUCUUGGUAUGACUAAUCAAGCAAUUAAAGCUGCCCAAGAAGCAGUUCAGAAGUCAGAGGAGUUUGAUAUAAGGCGAAGCCCCAUAUCAAUUGCAGCAGCUGUUAUUUAUAUUAUAACUCAGCUUUCUGACAAUAAGAAGCUUCUUCGAGGUUUGAUAUUUUUAUAUUAUAUGUCAAGUAAAAUGGUUCCUUGGGUAAACUUUAGGCAGUAAUAUUUCUGGUGGUUGUUCCCAUUCAUAUAAUUACUUCUAGACUUGCAUUUUCAUGUCGCAUUUUAGUAGCUAGACAUUUCUUCCAAUACAUUAUACAUGAAUUUGAUAGAAAAAGGGGUUUGGUUGAAUGCAGAUAUUUCAAUUGCUACUGGAGUAGCAGAAGGCACUAUCCGAAAUUCAUACAAGGAUCUUUAUCCGCAUGUUUCAAAGAUAAUACCAAACUGGUAUGCCAAGGAAGAGGAUCUCAAAAGCCUAAACAGUCCUUAAAUGCAUCACAGCAAUAAAAUUAUCUCAACAUGGACAUCAUAAACAUGGACUCAAGCUCUCACCCUUGGACGGCUGCUGGAAACUCCUGAGCAGAAACAAUGCUUUAAGUGUUAAAAUUUUAUCUGUUUUUUACUCCUCAUUUUCCUCCAUAACCAUGUUAUGCACAGUUUAGAGAAAGAGAAACGAAAGAAAAGCCAGAGUCUUCUUAUGGUAUCCGAUUAUAAUUUAUGUUUAAACUUGUGGCAACAAUUCUUUGGAUGGUUGAUGUAGAACUGCAAGAUACAAGUUGGAUAAUGGUGAUUAUAUCUUCAUGUCAGUAAUCUUUGGUUCCUGAUAACAUUAGGUGUUUGUCUGGUGGCCGCCACUUGCGCUGUGUCAUUUAUUUAUUUUUUACAUAUGGAGAGUUAUUUGUUGGUGUUUUAGAGGUUUGAACUUUUAAUU